AUGUCAUCAAUCGAGUCUUCAAGUAUCUCGACUGUUCAUUAUGCGAAACCAGUUGUCCACGCCAAACUUGGCGCUUCUAGUUCGUCGCCACGUUCUUCUUCGAAUCCAUCAACACCGAAUUCUGUCCGUUCUCCGAAUAUUCGUUAUCCGACUGUUGUCGUAAAAGAAACUGGAAAUACAUCACCAUCUUACGCAGUUCCAGUUCCAAAAAAAUUUCAAUACUCUACUUCACAUCUCCAAUAUGAGCACAUUCGGCAUAGAUGUAAAAUGCUGGAUGAAGAGAAUCAAAAGUUGAUGAAGAUGCAGUCUGAUGUGGUGAACGAUGCUAAUCGUAGAGUUCAGAUGCAUGUAAAUGAAAUCAGAAUGCUCAAAGAUGAGAAUAAAAAGAUGCAGUUAAGUAAUAAGGAACUUCGCGACUUGUGUUGUUUCCUUGAUGAUGAUCGUCAGAAAACACGUCGACUCGCCCGAGAAUGGCAAAAGUUCGGCCGUUAUACUAGCAAUUUGAUGAAACAGGAGAUACAGUCAUAUCAUCAGAAGCUGUCAAAUCUUGAAGAAAAGCUGACAUCCAAAGAGCGCGAAGUCGACGAACUGAGGCAACUGUGCAUGUACCUCGAUGAGCAGCGCCAAUGUCUCAUGGGAAGUGUGAAUCCAAACAAUCAUAGUAUCCGAAGUGAUGACGAAAGCGAAGAUCUCGGUUGCGGAAGUAGUGAGCAAAGCGGAGGUUCGAACGAUGACAAGGAAUACUGUUUCAAUCAACAUAAGGAAUCAACACUUCGUCGUAUAACGGAACAGAUGGCCACUUCGAUGGAUUCGACAAUUUGCGAUGAGGAACGUCGCGAAGCUUCGAAACGCGAGAGAUCUCGCUUGCUCGGAUACAUUCAAUCAUUGGAAAAUCGAAUUAAGCAUUUGGAAAUGUCGCAGAAUCAUGAAAGUUUUUGGAACUCUAGUUCAAAUAUGGGAUCAGAUUGUGACGAGAAAACGAUUAUUGAAAGAAGUUGGGAUGUUGAAAAUACUGAGCCAAAAAACAACGGAGCUACUACUGAAAAGAGUAUGAAUAUGAUGAUGUCAAUGACAUCUUCUGGAUGCACUACUUAUGCAAGCUCGGGGACCGACGCUGAUAGCGUAUUCGUAAUGGGAGACGAAAUUGACAUUGGUAAUCUCGAAGUUCGUACUUUAUCACGUAUUGACGAAGAAGCUGAAAAAAUGGCGCAGUCGACGAUUGAAGAGAGUGCACGAAUGCCGCCCAAAAUUGCACCGCCUGUCUGCUCGAGCUUGCUUUCUGUGGCAAAUUUCGAUGAACCGCCAACAUCGAUUGCAUUGAUGAGAUCGGCAUCAGAGUCGUGUCACACUUCACAGACAACAGUUUUGAACGUGAAAGGGGGCCCGCGCUGCAUUUCAAUCGAAAAGUCGAAUCCAAUAACCUGUGAAAACACUAAUGAAUAA